AUGUCUUACAGUCAAGUCGUUGAUUUCGACUGGGACCGUCAUGGUAAUAGGCUCGGUAUUAUCGACAACGAAACUACCUCCAUAUACAUAUGGGAAGCACCAACUGCAAAAUUAUCCCAGUUUAAAACGGACAACCUUUCCGUCAUAGCUUGGUCGAAGGUAGAUGAGAGAUUUGCAGUUGGAACAUCAAAAGGAAACCUACUCAUUUAUGACUGGAUAACAACAAAAAAAUAUACUGUUUUAGGCAGACACACCCGUCGAAUCUCAUAUGUACUCUGGAGCAUUACAAGUCUUUUAGUUACUGCGGGAGAAGAUAAAGUUAUGUCUCUUAACUCAAUUGACGGUGACUUGCUUCGACAAGUGCAGCUUGAGGUUCUCCCAACCGACCUAAAAUUCACUUCUACGAGCUUAUCGAAAUAUGCACCCACAGAAGAAAAUGCUGUAACCUGCGUCGGUGACAGAAAACAAUUACUAUUCUGGAAAUUCCAUGAAGAUGAACAGCCAACGUGUUAUACUUUUAACAGUUCCUAUGGCGAAAUUAUGGCACAUGAAUGGCAAAACACAGAAAACGUAAUCAUUGGCUUUUCUCUAGGCAGCUUUACUGUUUUUUCAAUGGCUGAGCCGAAUGUUGGGAAGCGCAUAGCUAGUGUCAAAGUUCACGACUUGGUCAAUUUACAUGAACUGGUUGCAAUAAUAGAAGUUGACGACUCUGAGCGAGAGAAUAGGCUGCAGCCCACGGAAACGACGCUGCCUAGCGGAGUUGCUCCCUGCAGUGUUGGAUGGUCAGAUGAUGGUCAGCUCCUGGGCAUAAUUUCGCCUCGACGCAUUUUACACGUUUUCCUUGGUCAACUUCCAAUGGUCACUUGUGUCUCGUCAACCGGUGUCGUGGCUAGGCUCACGUCUCUGCUAGAAAUAACACUGGAGCCUCUAUGUUCGGAGUUACAAACGGUCCAGCUGGUCGCUCCCCGAGUCAUUACUGCAAACACAGAACCUACCUGCAUUGGUGUUGGUCUCAAUCAUCUGGCUGUUGGUGCCGAAAGAAGUGUCUUUUUCUACGACAUCUCAAAUAUGGAAGACAUCAAACUUAUCGAAGAACGAACCUACUUGGAAACUGUUAGAACAAUAAAACUAAACUGUGAAUAUGCGGCCAUUGGAACUGCUAGUGGUAGUGUUAUUCUUCAAUGGAUCGAUCCAAGGACAUUUCCCGCAAAAGUUCACUCCAUCGCUGUGAAUGGGAGUUGGGAUUUUGGGACUACUGGUCAGGGAAGUUCAAGGCCUCAAGGACUGGCAGAUAUGUUACAUCCCUUCGCCAAACGGCAACAGAAGACGUUUUCAGAGAGCGGAGAUAAAAUUGUCGAUUUUGACAUUGCUGACUCCUUACUCAGUUACUCGACCGGAUCAAAGAAAUUACUACAGUUCCAUCUCGAUGAGUGGGCCAUAGUCAAUGAGUACAAUCACUCUUGUCAGAUAAUGUCCAUUUUCACAACAAAGUCGGGAUGCCUGCUUGCAUUUAUUGAUGAAAUGCACAAUGCUUACAUCUUCCACUCUGCUUCCUCUACUCUUGUCGAAAUUUGCAACUUUCCUGCUACUGCAGGUCGCAUUUUGUGGAAUUUGGAGGAUAGCGAAAAUCCCUUGAUAAUGGCCGUCUCAAAGGAGUGCAUUGUGGUUUACCGGUACUUUGUUGCAAGUAUCCCCAUAUCCAGAGACAGCAAGGCUAGGCAAGGGCCCAAUCUGCCAUCGCUGACUUCAAGCAUCACCACUUCAAACUCUGGCCAGUUAAUGAGCUACAACUCCGAUUUAAAUCCAUCAAGUCCUCAACGCACUCCAUUGCAGUUACCUGCCAGCCGAAGACAAUUAAUGGCCUGCCAAACGCCUAUGAUUAGUGAAUGUCGUCUGCUUGACUACAUGCAACUGCCGCCGCACCACACGCCGCUCGGUUUUUACGCGGAAAAUGUCUGUUUCAUUAGCCAAAGUGGCCGCUUAGUUCACGCAACUCUCUCUAGUCACGCGUUUCGGACGUACACGAAGGCGCAUCUCGAGCGAUUCAGAUCGUCAAGAGAAACUGCUCCAAGAGAUAGGUCUAUCGCGGAAACGACCUUGGAGGGAACCCAGAAGACUUCUUACAACCUUUCGUGCUCAACGUGGGAGAACAAGCAAAUUAACCAAACCAAGUUAUCAGAGAGAGACCUCGAGGCUCUCUUUGAGAAAGCCCUGAAUGUUGGCGCUUUCGAAGAUGCCCUAAUGCUAUCAGACUUUAUCCGUAAGCAAGAACGGUGGCUACAACUUGGAAUGUCUUGUGUCAGUUGUUUCGAAUUCGAAUGCGCGAUUCGAGCCUUCCGUAGGCAGGGCAACUGCGGUUUGGUACUUGCUGUCCAGAAAAUAAUGGAAAUUGAAGAGAAAAACCUGCUUUACGGCAACGUUUGCAUGUUUCUUGGUGACUUCAAUCGCGCACAAGAAUUUUUUCUCGCGUCUUCCAAGCCCGAGGCAGCUCUGGAGCCAUCGCUGCUUCAGAUGCGUCGGGAUCUGUUGCAUUGGGACGAUGCUCUGCAACUUGCCCGGAGCCUGCGACCCACUGAGGUGCCUUUCAUUAGCCGUGAAUACGCUUUCGAGCUGGAGUGCGUUGGCGACUAUGUGAAUGCGCUGAUGCACUUCGAACGGGCCCUUGAUCGUCCGGAGUGUGUGGAAAACCAUCAGGAUUUUUCAGACUACGAAAAUGAGGCUGCAGGUCUGCUACACUGUGGAUCUGGUGGUGCCGGCGACUGUCAGCUUCAAGAAUGGAAUGAACACCUUGAAAUCUGCAAUGCUGGCAUUGUCAGAAACACCCUGCGUCUCGGCGACCACAAGCGAGGCUUAAACAUGGCGCUCAAACAUCCCAGCCAUUCUCUCAAGAAAGAGUGUGCGUCAAUUUUGGAGCAGUCGCGGUUGAGUCUAUCUGAUUUUGCCUUUCGCCUCAAGCAAUGGCCAGAGGCUGCGAUUCUCUACGAAGCCGCAGGCCUAAUUGACGCAGCAAUUGCCGUCUGCCUCAAGUCCAAGAACUAUGACAAGGCGGGCGAACUACUUCGACAGACCAAGGCUUCCUGUAAGAUGUUUUUGGAGUAUGCCAAGGCAAGGGAAUCUACAGGUGUCUACACUGAAGCCAUCAUCGCCUAUGAGCAAGCCAGGGAUUGGGAGUCAGUUGUUCGCCUGCUACUUGAGAAAAUGAACAACCCCAAGGACGCCGUUAGGGUUGUUAGGGAGUCUAAGAGCAUAGAAGGCGCCAAAGCAGUGGCCCAUUAUUUCUCAAAAAUCGGUGACUUUGCAUCAGCCAUCCAAUUUCUUGUGUUCUCGAAAUGCCAUAAUGCAGCCUAUGAACUCGCAUUGAAGCAUCGUAAAAUGGACGUUUAUGCAAAUGUGAUAGAUGAGUCAAAUGAGUAUAAUGAGAAAAGCAAAACCUUUUUGCACCAAGGAAUGGACGCCUCUUCACAAGAAUACAAAAGCAUCGCCGUUCACUUUGAAUGCGAAAGAAACUUCCUGUUGGCUGGAAAAUUCUUCCUAUACGCAAAACAAUAUGCCAAGGCGGUUCGGCAUCUCCUUCGUGUGCCUUAUUCGGACUCUUCGCCGGCUCUGGAUUUGGCAAUUGAGGCAGUGGGUGAGGCGAAGGACAAGAAAUUAACUCACAUGGUCAUCGCCUACCUGAUGGGCGAGACAGAUGGAAUCGCCAAGGACCCGAGGUACCUCUUUCGCCUCUACAUGGCUCUCCAGCAGUACCGCGAGGCCGCGCGCACGGCCGUCAUAAUUGCCCGCGAGGAGCAGAACAACGGAAACUACCGAAACGCGCACGAUCUCCUCUUCUCUAUGGUGCAAGAAUUGCGACAGUGUGGAAUCAAGGUGCCUGCUGAAAUGCUGGACAACCUGAGCCUCCUCCACUCCUAUAUUUUGGCAAAGCUGCAUAUCAAAACUGGGAAUCACCUAAUUGCUGCCAGACUCCUCAUUCGCAUUGCUCAAAACAUCAGUAAAUUUCCAUCCCACAUCGUUCCUAUUCUGACGAGCACUGUGAUCGAGUGCCACAAAGUGAAUCUGAAACACACUGGGUUUACGUAUGCUUCAAUGCUGCUGCACCCGGAACACCGGGACAAGAUAGACCAGCGGUAUCGUCGCAAGUUUGAGGGCAUUGUGCGUCGACCAGAGAAACCAUCAUCCGAAGAGAUGGAGUUACUGAAUGCCGCUUCGGAAUGCCCCUUCUGCUCCACUUCUGUGCCCGAUUACGAACUAAGCUGUGGGUCGUGCAGGGCUAGUCUACCUUACUGCACUCUCACGGGCAAACAUGUUGUAAAGAACGAUUUGACCCUCUGUCCUAACUGCGAUUUUCCAAUGUCCUACUCAAACUUAAUCACUUUCCUUGAGAAUCAGCCGGAUUUCGUCUGUCCAAUGUGUUCGGCUCCACUCUUCCGUGAUGAAGUUCGUUGCCUUGCGGAUGCAGUUGAAGUUCUCCUCAGCUGGAACGCAGGAUCAGCAGACCCCGAGGACGACACGCGCACGUCGACAAACAUGACGGGCGUCAACAGUAAACAGGACAACAAUGUAGACAAGGCUCCAGCUAGUGUGACCAAAGACCAGGUUUUGCACUGA